AUGGCGAAAUGGAUUGAUAGAAGAGCAAAUAAAAAGAAAAAUACUUCAAUACUGAGCAAACUCCAGGAACCACACAAACAAUAUGUGAAGGAAAAUUGCGACUACUUGAAAGUUAUCAUUGAAUGUCUCAUGUUCACAGCCCAACAGAACAUCGCCCAAUGGGGCCACGAUGAACAACGUGAUAGUUUGAUAGUUUUAAUAGCAGGACAUAGCUUGGCUGAAGCUAUGAAACUUGAAAGCCAGCAUCAGAAGCAUGCACAGUGGACAUCUCCCGUGAUACAAAACGAUUGGGUACAAAUUAUCGCCGACCUCAUUCGCGAGCGUAUCACAAACGAUGUGCAAACCAGCCGAUGGUAUGUUAUCAUCUUGGACGAAACACCAGACAUUAGCAGAACUGAAGAAGUUUCACUUUGCCUUAGUUUUGCACUGAAUGGAACAAAGAAAGAAGUAUUCAUUGGUUUCUACUCCACAAAAUCAACCAAAGGCGAAAUACUGUAUGAACUGGUGAAAUCUGCUAUUACUGAACUCUAA